AUGAGGAUGACUAGAAGAACAACUAAAUCAGUUCAUAAGCCAGAGGUAAUUCAGGAAUCUCAGUUUGAAGAACUGGAACAUUCAGAAACAGAUGUCAGUGAUAACUUAGAGUUGCAAAUUACUAGAAAUGAGAAAACAGCUGUUCAUUCAGUACAAGCUGAUGGGGAUGUGUCAGAAACAGAAUCUAACUGCUCUUCUGUGUCUGGUCUUCAGACACCUUUGUUUGUACGAGUAACAAGAAGACGACAAAUUGUAGUUCCUUAUCAACCAGAUUCUCCUGACAAAAAAAGAUAUGACAAGACAGCUUUUCUAAAUAAGUCAACAAAGGUUCUGGAUGACGAUGAUGUCUCUGAAGCCGAGUCUUGUUCUUCUGCUGUUUCUGGUGUCCAGAUACCUACCAGAACCACAAGAAGCAUGCGAAGCAAAAAGAAAUUGCGAAUGGAUACAGCUGAUGAAACUGAGAGAGAAGAUAUUUCUGAUGCAGAGUCAUGCUGUUUGAGUUCUUACAUGGAACCAUCCAGCGCUCUGAAGCGAAUUACGAGGAGCAUGCAAAUGAAAUCACAAGCAGAAAACACCAAGCAGACUGAGAAAAGAAACAUAAUUGUUUCAGAAAAUUAUAAUUUAAUUGAGGAUACUGUUAAAUCUGAGCCAGUAAUAAUUUCUGAUUCUAGACCUGCUGCAGAACCCAUCUGUGAUGCAAAAGAUACUUCUUCUGUCACUGAAGAUAAUAAAGAAUCCAAUUUACCUAAAAGCAAAUAUUCUUCCAAAUCUGGCAGCAUAACCCAGAGCGGAGACGUGAAAGAAGAGGUUUUGAAUGAUAUGGCACCCAGUAGCCUUAGAAAAAUGAAAGGAAAUGACACUGAAUCGCCUGGGAAAAAAGUAGUAAAAAAACCACAGACAGUUGGGGUAGAUGAUUCGGAGGAAGCAUUUGGCCAAAUACAAGAACAACACAGGAGAAUACUUGUGAAGGAGGGGAAAUCAGAGUGUAUGGUUCUUUCUUUGACUGAUUGCAUGACUCCCAAACAACUUUUAGCAUCCAAAGGACAAAUAACACCAAAUGAAAGAAUAAAAAAAACAGAAUGCAAAACAGCAGCUGCAGAGCAGUCUUUUACCCGGGCUGAUAAAUUAAGAGAGGAUGAGCGAUCCAGUGCAGUGAGCAGCCCACAAAAGGACACAGCUGUUGCACAAGGAACUGGUAGCACUGGUACAUGCAGGAUACUGGAAAUAAGUGUAGGCAGUGAUGAAGACCAAACAGGAGAAUAUGCUCCAUCUGUAUCCCGCAGCAGUGAACGAUCAAGCAUUGGAAGCAAUUCUCUUGCAUUGUUUCUGAGCAAAGAUGGAAGUGAUGAAUCUGAAAAUAGUGAUGCGGCAGACAUAGAUACAGCUGAAGAUAACCUGUGCUACAAAGAGGCAGAUAAGAGGACUCCUUCCUGCAACAGAUCUUUAAAAAACAGUUCACUGCAUGCUGAAGGGCUUUUUGUAAUUGAUACUGAGCCUGGCAUGAGAUCCAGCCAAAAAUAUUACCUAGAUGAGAUGGACCAAGGUAGUGAUGCUGAAAGUAAGCAUGAAAGAACUGAAAAAGUUGAAGAAUCUUCAGAUCUGGAAGAGGCUGAAGAGGAAUUGAUAGAUGAAGAUGACAAAGAUGAAGAUGAUAAUUUGUUGAAAAAUAAGAAUGACAUUUUACAUCUUUCCAGCAGCAUAGACCCUGGUUUGAAUAUCAAGAAGCUUGGAGGUUUAUAUAUUAGUUUUGAUGCAAAAAAGCAAAAGCCUAGAUCGAGCAUAAUGAAGCAACUGAAGGAGAAGAAGGAGGACCAGCUGUUGCAGAAGAGUGUCAUAACUCCAGAUUUUGAAAAAAAGGAAUGUGUACCACCCUUCAGGGAAUCACUUCACCAGCUAAAGAAACAGCGCAGAGCAGAGCGAGAAAAAACAACAGGUGAUGGUUGGUUUGGUAUGAAAGCCCCAGAAAUCACUAGUGAACUGAAAAAUGACCUUAAAGUUUUGAAGAUGAGAGCUGCAUUGGAUCCCAAGCAUUUUUAUAAGAAGAAUGACAGAGAUGGUCUACCCAAGUACUUCCAGGUUGGAACUGUGGUUGAUUCUCCCAUAGACUUUUACCAUAGUCGAAUCCCUAAGAAACAAAGGAAGAGAACAAUUGUUGAAGAGCUGCUUGCAGAUUCUGAGUUUAGAAGAUAUAAUAAAAAGAAGUAUCAGGAGAUCAUGAGUGAAAAAGCAGCUUUUGCAGCAGGGAAGAGGAAUCGGAAGAAGAGGAAAUUUCAGAAUUAA